AUGAUGCUGAGCCAGAAAAGUCUUUUUAGAGACAGAGUAUUUGUUGCACUUCCUGAGGAACCAAGGGAUGGAAAAUCCAUACUGUCUUGGGUUAUUGAUCAUGUAUCUGACAGCGCACAGAUCAUCAUCGUCCACAUAGUAACAUCACCAAACUUUGAAAGCCGGCAGCAAAUUUUGGACUGCUACCUGGAUCAAUGCUCAAGGAAAAAGGUUAGAGCUGAGAAACGGGUGUUUCUAUUCACCGAAAUCGAUGAGGGCCUUAUUCAUCUGAUAAAUAUAUAUGGCGUCACUGAACUUGUUAUUGGUGCAGCUGCAGACAGACAUUACAGGAGGAAAAUGAAAGCACCACAGUCUCAGACAGCACUGAGUGUGAUGCAAAAAGCUGACUCACACUGCAAUAUGUGGUUUAUUUGCAAAGGAAAGCUAGUAUUUUUCAGGAAGGCAAAUUACUGCCUGUUGACCAAGUCAAGAUCAGCACGGCCAAGUUGUGGUGUUGGCAAUCCCAAAAUGGAUCUUCAGAGUUUGCUUCAACCUAAUUUAGAGGCUAAAAGAUUGGAAUAUAUGUAUAUUAAGGAUAUGGAAAUAAGGAAAGAAAUAGAGGCAGAAAUCUCACAACAGAAAGAACAGACAGAAACUCUGAAGGAAGCAACUUUGAUGCUCCAAAAUGAGCUCGAUUGGUACAGAUACCAAUGGAAUAAGAAUGCCAAUGCAUUGCAAGAGGCAAACAAGCAGAAGCACCUUCUGGAACAUCGCAUAUCAGAGUUAGACUCUGUUGCCAGCUAUUUAGGAGAGAGCAUGAGAGCGUCUGAUUCUCUUGUGAACUCACUAAAGUUGGAGUACAGUAAAGUGAAGCGGGAACGAGAUGAUGCGGUUAAAGAGGCAAGGGACAUGCGUAUGGAGAAAGAACUCACAGAACCUUGUGCCUAUGGAGCAAUGAACUCUGAAUUCUCCUUGGUGGAGUUGGAGCAGGCUACCCAGGUAUUCAGCAGUUCACUUAACAUUGGUCAAGGUGGAUUUGGAUCUGUCUAUAAAGGUUUUCUCCGGAGCACCACAGUAGCUAUUAAGAUACUCAAUACUGAAAGCUUGCAUGCCCAAUCACAGUUCAAGCAAGAGGUGGCAAUACUCAGUAGAGUGAGGCAUCCAAACCUAGUCACACUUAUCGGAGCCAGCCCUGAAGCUUCAGCCCUUGUUUACGAGUUCUUACCUAAUGGAAGCCUGGAAGAUCGUCUGAACUGUGUUAACAACACCCUGCCACUAAGUUGGCAGGUGCGCAUCCAAAUCAUAAUGGAGGUUUGCUCAGCACUGAUUUUCCUUCACAAGCACAAGCCUCACCCAGUUGUGCAUGGAGACCUCAAGCCAGGCAACAUCCUCCUUGAUGCAAACUUGGUGAGCAAGCUCAGCGACUUUGGAAUCUCCCGUCUCUUGCUGGAGUCCAGUGUCACUGGCAGCGAGGCACACUUCACCACUCAGCCUAUGGGCACACCGGCAUACAUGGACCCAGAGUUCUUUGGCACAGGGGAGCUGACACCACAGUCUGACACUUACUCCUUUGGCAUUACAAUCCUGCGCCUCUUGACCGGAAGGGCACCUCUACGCCUUACAAGGGUGGUGCAAGAGGCAUUGAAUGACAAUGACCUUCACUCAGUGUUGGAUCACUCGGCAGGUGAGUGGCCACUGGUGCAGGCAGAGCAGCUUGCACGGAUUGGGCUGCAGUGCUCGGAGCUCAGCAGGCAGAAACGCCCUGAUCUUGAACUCAAUGUGUGGAGGGUGGUUCAACCUAUGAGAAAGGAAGCUCCUUCGCCGUUGUCACAAUCUUUUCGGUCCAUCUUCAAUGAAAGCAGUAGAGCUGUUGCCACGCCAUCCUACUUCCUUUGUCCAAUCUCUCAGGUUGUCAUGAGAGAUCCUCAGGUGGCAGCAGAUGGCUUCACCUACGAAGCUGAUGCUCUUAGAUACUGGCUGGAUAGCGGGCAUGAUACAUCUCCAGUAACAAACAAAACUCUUUCAAAUCGUGAUACCAUCCCCAAUCACGCACUGCGUUCUGCCAUCCAAGAAUACCUCCGGCAGAACAAGCUGCAAGAACUAUUUUCACAGGGGUAG